AUGGCCGAUCCACUAGGGAUCAUGGGCGUCAUCGGCGUCGUGGCCCAGAUUAUCCAGCUAGGUGUCCAGUUUGGGUUGGAUUGGAACGAUGCCCCAGCCGACACCAAAAGUUUCAUUGCAGAGCUCGAAGUCCUGAGUCUCGUCCUUUCCGAAAUGAAAAAGAAGAUGAUUGAUGAUCCAGAGUCCAGAGAGGCGUUCGAGGGUAGCAGCAGUCACUCUCCUACGACUACGACUACGGCGAGUACAAGUACCCCAGAUAAGGAGGAAGAAGCAUCUCCGGAAGAGACGGACACUUCUGUUUUGGUCUCGGCAUCAUCAAGCACAAUGACAGAACUCCUGGGGGCAUUCCUCGCCAAAAGAACACGAGAUGCCGUGGAGAAUCUACAUCGGAGAUGUCAGGCCUUGAAUAGUAUGGCCAUCAUCGACACCGCCGCCAUCGGAGCACGAACCUACAAUAAGGUCAACCAGAUGUACAUUCGACAACAACAAAGUUCGGAGCAGGCCGAGAAGAAGAACGACCAGCUCAUCAAAAUACAAAGAAAGGCAGCACUGAUGAGGAAAUUAUACACUUCGGCUUACAGAGAUCGCAAGGACAGGAACCCGAGGCGAGUCAAAGGGACCUGUGAAUGGUUUACACAUCAUCCACUGUUUCAGACUUGGAAAGACAACAAAUCGUCGUGCUUGCUCAGGGUAUCUGCCGACCCGGGAUGUGGGAAAUCAGUUUUGGCAAAGUACUUGGUUGACGAGGUCCUCCGGAGCAGCACGCACGAGAGGAGAACUACUUGUUACUUUUUCUUCAAGGAUGACUUUGUUGAUCAGAGAACCUCGGAGAGUUGCAUGUGUUGUAUCCUGAGACAGAUUUUCACUCAAAGACCCAAGUUUUUGUCGGAAGAGAUUCUGACCAAGUUCGAAGAGGACGGCGACCAGCUCAUAGGUUCCUUCCGUGGCCUCUGGGAUAUCCUUAUUGAUAUCAUCAACACGGUGAAUCAGGAUAUGUCGGUCGAUGAUGGUGGUGUUUCAACGACGGGACACUCCCCGGCUGGUGGUGAGAUUAUCUGCGUCCUGGAUGCCUUGGAUGAGUGUGAAGAUAGGGGUCAACGUCAAUUCGCGGAAGCCUUGCGCAACAGCAAUUUCGGGCGUACAGCACAAAACAACAGAAUCGCCUUGAAAUUCCUCCUGACAAGUAGGCCAUACACUCAAAUUCAGCGAGACUUUGGCUUUUUCAAUACCGUUAUACCUGCCAUUCACUUGGACGGUGAAGGCGAGGUUGAGGUCGGAAAGAUUUCCAAAGAGAUCAACGUCGUCAUUGAAAGCAAAAUCAAGGACCUGACCUCCCGACUCCAACUCCUACCCGAAGAACAGCAGACUCUGAAAGAUGAGAUGAACCGGAUUCCACAUCGGACGUAUCUCUGGGUGCACCUGAUAUUUGAGAUUAUCCAGGACAGUGUCGACAUUACGAAAGAGUCCUUGCGCUUAACCAUCCGCAAUCUUCCCACAACCAUCGAGGCGGUCUACGACAAAAUUCUGGGCAAGACUCGCAACCCUUCAAAAGCAAAGAAAAUCUUGCACAUCGUCGUGGCCGCCGAAAGGCCCUUGGUUCUGAAAGAAAUGGCCGUAGCACUGGCCAUCAAAGAAAACCAUAGGGGACACAACGAUCUCGAACUCGAACCAGAGACCCGCUUCCGUAGUACUCUCAGAGAAAUCUGUGGCCUCUUUGUGACCGUUAUAGACUCCAAGAUUUACCUGCUUCACCAAACAGCCAAGGAAUUCUUGGUCCAGGAAACAACUCCAGACUCAGACAGUGUUGUUGUCGACAACGAAGAAACAGGUUUUCUUCUUCGUUGGAAAAAAUCUCUCCAGGUAACAGAGUCUCACCGAAUUCUGGCAGAAAUCUGCAUGUGGCGCCUUUUAUGGGAUGAUGUUGCAGUCAAGAAUAAUUCCUUCCAUGUGGCUACUACUGCCGCAGACUCGGACUCCUCGAAGAUAGGGACCGACGAUCAUAUUUUGCUCGAUUAUUCGGCCCAGAAUUGGGUCACUCAUUUCCACAAUGCCCAGAUAGACGACGACGACGACGGUACGAUGGCCUCCAUGGCAUCCAGACUUUGUGAUCAAGACCCAACUACUCCGUUGUCUUGGUUCAAGCGUCAUUGGAACCGUCGACGUUUGAACGAGCGUAUGAUUUAUCCCACGGGACUCAACAGUUUGAUAAUUGCUUCAUUUUGUGGUCUUGAAUGUGUGGUGGUCAAGUUGUUGGCUGUUGAAAGCACGGGUGGCAUUGUUGACCGGCUAAUAAACUCGAGGGACGACAGGUACAAGGGGACUCCGUUGGCUUGGGCGGCCGAGUACGGCCACGAAGGAGUGGUUAGACUCUUGAUUGCCAGAAGGAACAAGAUCGACGUAGACUCGGAGAAUUCUCAACGUCGAACACCUUUGUCGUUCGCCGCCGAGCACGGUCACGAGGUCGUCCUCAAGAUGCUCCUCGACACCGACAAGGUUGAUGCGGAUGCCAAGAGCAAUCACGGCCGGUCACCAUUGUCCUAUGCUGCAGCCGGGGGACACGAACGCAUUGUUGAGAUGUUGCUGUUGGACACGAGACAAAGAGUCGACCCAGAUGCUAAGGAUAGUGGCAACCGUACUCCCCUUUUUUGGGCGGCGUGGUACGGUAUGAUCGGGGUGGUCAACAUGUUGCUACUCCUCGAAAAUCACAGAAUCGAUGUCGACCGUGCGGAUGAUUGUGGUAGGACACCACUUUUGGCCGCGGCCCGAAACGGACGCGAGGAGGUUAUCAAGUCACUCCUCAACACCAGGAGAGUCGACGUGAAUCAUCAAGAUUCAAAAGGACGGACUCCACUAUGGCAUGCUACACGUAGAAAGCAUGUCGGUAUUGUUCAAUUGCUUCGACUCUCAGGGGGAGUCUGA